AAAGUGAGGCUUGGCGGUAGUGACGUCACCAAAGAGGAAUACGUUGUGACGUAAUUCCAAGAUGGCGGGCACGCGUUCCACGAUGAAAUUUUGGAAGCCCGGGUCCGAGGCACCUGGGAUCUCCGAGGAACGUGAACUAAACACCGAGACCAGCGGUUCCACCGUCGUCUUCAAUCCUUUCAUUUCACUCUCCAUCGAGAAACAGAGACAGAAGCUCCCCGUUUUCAAGCACAGAAACAACAUCCUGUACUUGGUAGAAAGCUAUCAGACUGUCAUCAUAGUUGGGGAAACUGGAUGUGGAAAGACGACACAGAUCCCCCAGUACCUGCUGGAAGCUGGCUGGGCGGCUGAGGGGAGGGUGAUUGGAGUGACACAGCCUCGACGUGUGGCUGCUAUCUCUGUGGCUAGCCGUGUUGCAGAAGAGAGAGCCGCCCGGUUAGGACAUGAGGUGGGCUACACCAUUCGAUUUGACGACUGCUCUGACCCCCAAGCCACAAGGAUCAAGUUCCUGACAGAUGGAAUAUUAGUCCGGGAGAUGAUGGCCGAUCCGCUGCUUAAAAAAUACAGUGUCCUGAUGCUGGAUGAAGCGCACGAGAGAACCCUGUACACAGACAUAGCCAUCGGCCUGCUUAAGAAGAUCCAGAAGAAACGUCGAGACCUGCGGCUGAUUGUGGCCUCUGCCACUUUAGAUGCCAAGAAAUUCCACGAGUUUUUCAACCUGAAUGAGUCUGGAGAUCCCAACAAGGACACGUGUGGCAUCCUAACUGUGGAGGGCCGCACCUUCCCAGUGGAUAUUUUCUACACGAUCAGUCCUGUACCCGACUAUGUGAAAGCCACAGUGGAGACGGUGGUGAAAAUACACGAGGCGGAUGAUACUGGAGAUGUGUUGGUGUUCCUUACCGGGCAGGAAGAAGUGGAGAAGGCGGUUUCCCUUCUGCAGGACCAGGCCCGGUCUCUGUCACGACACGGCAUGAAGAAACACCUGAGAAUUUUGCCAAUGUAUUCCGGUUUACCUUACGCCGAGCAGAUGAAGGUCUUUGAGCGGGUGCCGGCCACGGUUCGCAAAGUUGUGGUGGCCACGAACAUAGCCGAGACAUCCAUCACCAUCAACGGUAUCGUUUAUGUCAUCGACUGUGCUUUUGUGAAGCUACGCGCGUAUAACCCUAACACUGCCAUUGAGUCACUGGUGGUGACGCCGAUCUCCAAGGCUUCAGCCAGCCAGAGGGCAGGCAGAGCUGGCCGGAACCGACCUGGGAAAUGCUUCAGGCUCUACACGGAGGAGGACUUUGAGAAACUGCCUGCCUCUACUGUGCCAGAGAUGCAGCGCACCAACUUGGCCCCAGUCAUUUUGCAGCUCAAAGCUUUGGGCAUUGACAAUGUUCUGCGCUUCAGUUUCCUGUCGCCUCCUCCAGCUCAGAGUAUGGUUCAGGCUCUGGAGCUGCUUUUUGCUCUCGGAGGCCUGGACAAUUACGGACGUUUGACCGAUCCCAUGGGUGUGCGGAUGGCGGAAUUCCCUCUCAGCCCCAUGUUUGCCAAGAUGCUCCUCGACUCGGGAAACUUUGGCUGCUCCAAGGAGAUUGUCACCAUUGCGGCCAUGAUGCAGAUUCAGAAUAUCUUUGUUGUCCCGCCCAAUCAAAAGAAAGCCGCCGCCCGUCAGCACAGGAAAUUUGCUGUUGCCGAAGGAGAUCACCUCACCAUGCUGAAUGUGUACGAAGCUUUCACGAAGCAUCAGAAGAGCUCCAAGUGGUGUCAGGAUCAUUUUCUCAAUUACAAAGGUCUGCAGCGUGCCGUGACGGUACGAGAGCAGCUGCGGCGCCUCAUGACCAAGUUCAAGGUGGUGUGGACUUCCAGCGAAGGUGAUCCGGAUGUGAUCUUGAGGUGCAUCGUGUCGGGAUUUUUUGCCAACGCAGCGCGCGUUCACCACUCUGGUUCUUACCAGACUUUACGAGACGAUCGUGAGCUUCACAUCCACCCUAAUUCUGUACUGUAUGGAGAGAAGCCGCCAAAAUGGGUUGUCUUCAAUGAAGUGCUGCAAACAAGCAAAUACUUCAUGCGAGAUGUGACAGCAGUGGAGUCGUCCUGGCUCGUUGAGUUGGCUCCUCACUUCUACAAGCAAGCUAAACAUGGCUCACUUGGCAGCAAGCGUUCCCGCAUCCUCUGAACCCGUUCAUCUUUUCCACCCUCUCCGUGUAAAUAAAGAUGUCAUAUUUAUUGAUCAUGUCCACAUGCGCAACAGUGACCAUGCUCGAUAGCUCUCGCUUUGGGAUAGUUAUCUCCUUUGUAUUAGAUCUGUGUGAGCGCGAUUGCUGAUGAAUGUGAGAUGAGGUCAUACUUUGUACAUAGUCAGAGAAGGCUCAGGUCCGGGGAUUGCUUGCAGUCGUACCUGGUUCUUGGCUUUAUUUUUGUAGCAGUUGUAUUCGUUGAAUACUGGGUGAUGAAUAAUGGGGGGGGGAAAAUUAAUUUUUGAGGAUGUCUCCCAUUUUGACACUGUUUUCUUCUUCAAUUCAUUUGCUCUCAUAACCUAGGUGCCUUUAGGAAAGUGACUAGUAAAUUGACCUCUGAUUUAUUUUCAUUUCUUAAAAUGGUCUCGUGAUGACACUGUGA